UAUGAUGUUAAUACCUGUAAUAUAUACAUACAUACUCCAGUCAUAAAUCUCGUGAUUUAAUGCUUCUUCACUUCAUCAUAGCUUUAGGAGGAAAAUAAAAGCUUUAAAUUGUAUUUUGUUCUAUAACAUCGAGUCAUUUAAGGCAUCUCUUUACUCAUACUUGGGUAUUUUAAACCCUGUGUUUAACCUCGCAGGUGAAACUCAUUUGGCAUUUUGUUAAUUGAUAAAAAAUAAACUAUUAACAUUUCUUAUUUUUGUAGUGGUCUAAUCAUAUUUUCCAUAACUGUAUUUACUCAUACUUGGGUAUUUGUAACCCUGUGUUUGACCUCGCAGGUGUCUGUUACCUGAGAGUCCUGCGAGUCAAACUGAGGGCGGAGCUGCUCCAGGCUGCUGUGUGACGUCAGCGGUAGGUGGCUGUGAACUUCCUAGUUUUACUUUAUAAACAAACGCGGCUAACGCGACGUGGAUCUGCCGACCCGGUUCAACAAGUCCGCGUCUCCUGCCCCGAGUCCCCGCGGCUCUUCUCCGCUGUUAACAUGACUUUCUCCGGACUCCUCUCGGCGGUUCUGGUCCCGGUCUGCUGGCUGCUGGUGUCGGCGGCGGAGGACCGGACCACCUCCACCUCCAGCCCCGGGAGCUCCGCGGCGCCCCGGCCCGCCGUGACGCACUCCGGCGGGGGGAACUCCACGCAGGGCGCCGGUCAGAGCUCCGGAGCGGGGAGGGGGAUGUUCAACGGCCUCAACGUGGACUCGUCCAUGAUCCAGCGGGCCCUCUACGUCCUGAUCGGCAUCACCAUGAUCGGAGUCCUCUACUUCCUCAUCCGAGCCGUGAGGCUGAAGAGACCGAGUCACAAGAAGAAAUACGGUCUGCUGUCCAACUACGACGACCAGGUGGAGAUGAUGGAGGCGGGGGACAGCGACGAGGACGACACGCUGUAUGAAGCCCGCAGCCUCCGCAGAUGAGUCGGGAUCAGACGAGUCGUCGGGUCGUCGCCAGGCGGAUCAGACGAGUCGAGUGUCUGCUGACGGAUGAUUAUUGAUUAUUGAUUAUUGAUCAGAGAGAGGAGGGACUGAUGGCUGCAGGACCAAACGCUGAUAAAGAUGCCAAAGCUGCUCAGAGCCGAGCAGGAUGAUAAUCAUUAUUUUUUUAAGGUGUUGGAAGAAGAAAAACAACGACGAUGUGACGCUUCUUGUUAUGAUAAUCUCCCUUUGUUUAUUAUUAUUAUUAUUAUUAUUAUUAUUUCAGAGAGUCUUUUCUAAGGUUUUGUCUGUUUUCAUGCGGAGCUCUUUCUGCUCCGACUCUGUGCUUAAACUACUGCAGACUGACUCCAGACCAGCUGGUAAACAACAACAACAACAACAACAACAACAACAACAACAACCAGCCUGUUAUUAAAGGAUCAGAACGUCUGUUUCAUAAUGACUCGGCAGUUUCACCUGAAGAAACAACCACACACUCUGAGUCUGACACAAAGUACACACACACACACACAUACACACACACACACACACACACACACACACACACACACACACACACACACACACACACACACACACACACAGUAGCUCAGCUGGUUCACUGCAAACAUCCUGGACACAGCAGGUUGUGUGUG